GAAAGACAAAUCAAGAAUGUUCAAAGAACAGUAAAUCCGAGGAGGAGAUGGGCAAAAAAAAGCACAGAAGGAACAGAACAACCUUCACUACCUACCAAUUACAUGAACUGGAAAGAGCUUUCGAGAAAUCUCACUAUCCGGAUGUCUACUGCAGAGAAGAGCUGGCUAUUAAAGUCAAUUUACCAGAAGUUCGCGUACAGGUUUGGUUUCAGAAUCGUCGAGCUAAAUGGAGGAGACAAGAAAAACUCGACAGUCAAACGUCAUUGAGAUCGAUUAACCUAAAUAAUCAUUGUCACAGUAGCUCCAUUCAGCCCUAUCUUUUAGAGAACUGGACAUCCCCCACAUUGUCUCUACCCGGUUAUUUCAACCAGCAGAAAUCUCUCUACACCAACUAUUUUCCCGCACCCCUCAACUUAUCGGUACGUAGUGACAAGACGGAAGAUAGCAGAAACUCCAGCAUCGUAGCCUUGAGAAUUAAGGCUAAAGAACAUUUGGAAUUAAUCAACAAAGGGAUUAAACCUUUAUAAAAGCCAAACGUUUAACGUGUUUACUGUGCGACGAGCUUGGUUUUUUUAAUCCAUCUCUCAGGAAUAUUUGUACAUUAAACAUACUUAACUUUCACUUCUUCCUCCCCCUUUAGAGCUAGUUACAGACGCCAAUCAAUGUACUGUACACACGAACAGCCUCUUUUUUUUUUUAAAUUUUCGGGUAUAACACACUAAAAUUCACCCUACGAAUUGAUCUGUACAGCUUUUUGUAUAUAGGAAAGAACGUAGAUCAAAGGCUUGCGUAAGAUGGAUCCCGUUAAUGAAGGCUAGACAACACUAGUUAAGUUUUGUGACGUAUAAUGCGGAUCUCGUUACGUGGCGAUGACGUGGAU